AUGGUUCAACGAGCUAUGCACUUCACGCCAAAGGUCUUGUUGUCCGCUCCGAGGCGGUCGGCGGGUGUUCCGAACCCAGCGGGCACGCUGGUGCUUUAUACGGUCUCGACCUACAGCUUCGAGUCUCACAGCAAGACCAAUGAUCUCAGAGUCCUGGAUGUCAAGUUCGGAGAGAGCCAUGAGCUGGCACACAAUGACGAUAUCAGUGGUUUGAACUGGCUCGACGACGACAACUUUGCCUGCUUGCAAGCUGAGAAAGAUGGCACCACCAGCGUUUACAUCGCCAGCGUAAAGGAGGUGCUCAAGGAAACGAAAUUUGGAACUUCUCAUUACAUCGCUGGAAAGAUUCCCGGUCCAGCAGGAGACCUCAAAGUCAAACAACUAGAUGGCGACAACUUCGCGAUAGUUUUCUCUGCAGAAGCUGAUGGCCAUACUGGAGAGAUUACCAACCCUGAGGUAGAGCAGAAACCGCACUCCAGUGCUAGACUCUACAAUACACAAUUCGUGCGCCACUGGGAUUCAUGGACCACGAACAAAACAAAUUGUCUCUGGUACGCCAAACUUUCCAAGCAAGGCAAAGGCAGAUUUAGCAUGUCAGAGUAUACGAACGCGCUACACGAGACAGGUCUUGAAAGCCCAAUCCGCCCAUUCGGCGGCACCGACAACUUUGACGUCAGUGCGCACGGCAUUAUCUUCGUUGCAAAGGAUCCGAAGCUGAAUCCUGCAUUGAACACGAAAGAGAAUGUGUAUCUAUUACACAUAACAGAUUGGGAAGGCAAGCAUGCUCGCGUUCUGCAGGAGGUCGUAGUUCCCGGUUUCGAGGGCGCUGCGAGCUCACCAGUGUUUGCUCCAGAUGGUGAAACGGCAGCCUUCUUGAUGAUGAAUACCAACGGCUAUGAAGCGGACAAAAAUCAGAUAUUUGUCCUGCGCAACAUUCGAGAGCCAUCUCCCAAGCCGGAACAAGCAUUCUCUGCCUCUUCCGAGGGUGGCUGGGAUAGAAGCCCGGGAUCGCUUGUGUGGACUGCAAAUGGCAAAGACCUCCUCGCCACAGCCGAAGAUAUUGGAAUCAGCAAACUCUACCGCAUCCACGGCGAUCUUCAACAAGAUAAGCCCGAGGUACUGGUAAAAGACACCUUCGUCAGCGACGUCAGACCUCUCCCUGACGGUCAAAUCUUCAUCUCCGGCAGCUCACUAAGUGACAACUCAAUCUACACCAUCGUCGACCCACGCAACAUCGCCACAUGGACUCACUCCAACUCCGCAGAAGGCACCAAACUGGGAGGCCUCAAACCCUCACAAGUCUCCUCAAUCUGGACACCCGCCAGUAAUCCCAAAGUGAACAAGGAAGUCCACAGCUUCGUGAUCAAGCCCAGCAACUUCGACAGCAGCAAGAAAUAUCCCGUCGCCUAUCUAAUCCACGGCGGACCCCAAGGUGCAUGGGGAGACAGCUGGUCCACACGCUGGAACCCCAUGAUCUUCGCAGAGCAAGGCUACAUCGUCAUAACCCCCAACCCCACAGGAAGUACAGGCUACGGCCAAGGUUUCACAGAUGCAAUUCGAAGAAACUGGGGUGGAGAUCCCUAUCAAGACAUCGUCAAUGUCUUCGAAUGGGCAGAGAAGAAUAUGCCAGAAGCAGAUCACUCUCGCGCCGUAGCACUAGGAGCAAGCUACGGAGGUUACAUGAUGAACUGGAUCCAAGGCCAUCCCCUCGGUCGCAAAUUCUCCGCUCUAGUCUGCCACGACGGCAUAACCUCCUUCAACGGCGCCAUGCUCGGCACAGAAGAAUUGUACUUUCCCCUCUACGAUCUCGGCGGAACGCCCUGGUAUGAUCCAGGUUUCAAACCCGCUCCAGGAGACAAAAGCACCRCAGCUCAUCAGACUCACGCAAACUUUGGAGCUUCCAGCGCUGCUGAUUGGAGAAAGUGGGAUCCUAGUGAACAUUUCUCGAACUGGGCGACUCCACAACUUGUGAUUCAUUCUUCAAAGGAUUAUAGAUUACCGAUUGCCGAGGGUUUGGCUGCCUUUAAUGUGCUGCAGGCGAGAGGGGUGGAGUCGAAGUUGUUGACUUUUCCUGACGAGAAUCAUUGGGUUCUCAAACCAGAGAACAGUCUUGUCUGGCACAAAGUCGUUUUGAACUGGAUCAACCAUUAUGUGGGAUUGCCGCUUUAUGAUGAGACGAAGGAGGACAGCGUUGAUUUUCUGGGAGGUUUGAAGAAGGAUGAGAAAGAAGGUAAAAGCACAGCGGAGGCAUAG